AGCUUAAGCUCCCCGGUUAUCGAAUGCAAGUCCAAUACUUACUUAUUAUAGCUCCUCACUGAUCAAAUUCUUAACUUAUACAAUAGUAACCGUACCAACUCCUUCAGUUGUGGAACCAACAGAUAACGUUUUUACAUCACAAUAUUGAUCGUUGACUAUCUUUCUCAUCAUUUCCAUUCUCUAGUAUCACAAUGAACACUUUCCGGUGCAUGAGACCAGUGGCAGCUCGGGUGGCCUUCCAAAGGUCUACUCUUCCUCGCGUUGCUCGAGCUUACAGCUCGACGACUUAUGAGUAUAUCCAGGUUUCUCAACCCAAGCCCGGUGUUGGACAAGUUACCUUGAACCGUCCUAAGGCCCUCAACGCCCUAUGCGCGCCUCUUAUCAAAGAGCUCAACCAGGCUCUUCUUGAAUUUAAUGUGGCCGACGAUACGUCAGUCAUUAUUUUAACCGGCUCCCAAAAGGCGUUUGCAGCUGGUGCUGAUAUCAAGGAGAUGGCCCCGCUUACCUUCGCCGAAGCUUACACCAAGUCCUUCAUCGAGUCCUGGUCAGACCUCACCACUCAGGUGAAAAAGCCAAUCAUCGCUGCAGUUUCGGGGCAUGCCCUUGGUGGAGGCUGCGAGCUCGCCAUGAUGUGUGAUCUCAUCUAUUGUACUGAGAAUGCGAACUUCGGCCAACCCGAGAUCAAGCUCGGGACUGUUCCUGGAGCUGGUGGCAGCCAGCGCCUUACUCGUGCCAUCGGCAAGUCAAAGGCAAUGGAACUCAUUCUGACCGGAAAGUCACUUUCUGGUGUCGAUGCAGAGAAAUGGGGACUCGCUGCCAGGGUGUUUCCCACGUAUGAGGCUCUGAUGGAGGAGACGCUCAAGACAGCCGAGACAAUCGCUGGCUACUCCAAGGUGGCUGUUCAAGCCGCCAAGGAGGUUGUCAACAAGAGCCAGGAUCUGGCCCUACGUGAUGGUGUCGAGUAUGAGCGGCGAGUCUUCCACAGCUUGUUUGGUAGCCAAGAUCAGAAGAUUGGCAUGAAGGCGUUCGCAGAAAAGAAGAAGGCUGAGUGGAGUCACUCAUAAGCGCUAUUUGGAAUUUAGGGAUGUGCCUUGACGGCGUUUAUAUAAAAAAUAUGAAUGCAAGACCCAUUGCAGAUAUGGAAAACCGCCACGACGUCC